AUGGCGGUCACCGUCUUGCCCGCCGGCUCCCUAACAGAAUCUAUAAAACAGGCUCUCCGCUCAACGACAACAUGCUCAGACGUUACCGUGUCGUCCCUCCAAACACUCCUCCGCGGGUCGCCAAAGAUGCCCGAGAAACCCACGAGACGAACAAAAUCUACAAGAGAGCCCACAGCGCCGAGUCGGGGGAGAACUUCCCGCGCAACGAAAGCAAACCCCGCAAAUAAUGAUGCUGCAAUGCAGUCUUUGGCCGACGACGCGGCUUUGUCUUGUCAGGAGAAGCUUGUCUUCGCUACGGAGGUGUUCAAUGCCACACUAAAGACCCUCACAGACGCUGCCAAAACAUCCACGACCAAGCGCCAGCAUGGCUCCGACACGCAAGGCGCCGAUGCGGGGAUCACAUCGGCCGGCGAGUGCGCCAGGCUUGCUUUGUCGACUCUGCGCACACUCAAGAAUGACACUGGAAACGACCAAUUCCCCAAGAUGCAGCUGGAACAGGGUCUCUGCGUUCUUGCGGGAAAAUUAAUUACCCUGGGACUGAACGAUAUGGCAUACAAAGAGCUCCGACUGCUUAAACGGAGAAUCCAACAACACCUGGAUGGUGGGAAGGCGGGGAAGAAGACCGCAGAUGCCAAGGACGCAACGGACGAAGAAGCUGCGAAAGAACGCAUGUCGGAUAUGUUGACUUUUGUCCACAUUGAGAACGCGAAAUCACUAUACGGCUUGCUCGUGCCUUUCCACUCAAAUGUGAUGCGACUAUUUGCCGCGGAUCAAAGGGCCUCGACAAUACAAAAAGUCUUUCCUUCUUUGCAACUUUCCGAUUCCAGCAGUCCUGCUCAGGUUAUUUUGGCUGCAUACAAAUCUGGCCAAUUAUCUAACGACAAGGCUGCUCUUCAGUUGCAGAUAUUGUCAAAUGCGAUUCUGUCGCUUUGCUCGGGAACAUCCCUCUCCAAGGAUGAGGCAUCGAACAGUUUGAAACCUACCACUUCAUUGGCUUUACAGCUGCUUUCCCUCGAGGUCCGAUGCUUAAGCUGGAAGCUGUCUGGCCAUGUGUGUGAUGAGAGCAAAGAAGUCUUCGAUCCUUUGCUUCGUUAUUUCGGCAGCUUCUCUCAUCGCAGCAAAGGAAUCGAGAAAACCGAGUUUGCCAUGAUUUACAAAACUGUCACUAGGCUGCAGACCUCUAUUGCAGAGAUCAAGAAGAAGUCAUUCGAGACGCAAAAUGCUACACAAGCUGCCAAGCUAAUGACACUCCUGGGCCAGCUUGCUUUCGACGCGGGCUGUUUUGAUGAGUCCAUGAAACUUUUCACACAAGCUAUCAGUCCACUUUCAAAAACACAGAGCCUUUCCCUUGCGACAGUCCGGUGUAAAGUCGCAUCUGUUCAUUUCCAGGCCUUGAAGACCUCAAAAAGGUUUCUACCCGGAACUUUGCAAUCUCUCUCAGAGGCGACUGAAGCACUAGGAUUGCAGCUUAGAGGCAGCGCAAAUGAUCUAGAUGAACUUCUUGUGGAAGCAGCGAGAUUGAAGAAGUUUGCUUUUGCCUGGUUUGGCGAGGCUAUCGCAAAGAGCAUUGAAUCAGACAACCAGAAAAAUGAGGUUGCGAAUCAAAUCCGAGAAUACUUGCAAGCGUUCCUUAGGUUCCUUAGACGCUAUGUUGGACGCCAGCCAACGGAAGAGAGCGAUGAAAAAGAUAUCGAGAUGUUUAACAGCCGUGUCUCAAUUUCCAGAAGUAUUAUUCUCGCAGCCAUCGAUUCAACUGUCGCCAUUGGUAAACUAUCGAUCAUGUCUCAGAGACCACGUUGGGAAGACAUGCUCCCCAUCCUGGCCGAUUGCCAGCGCUUGCUUACAACCAUCGAAUCUCCCGAUGAACGAAGCAUGGAAGUCACAGAAAACCUUGGCAUGGCACUUGUGAAGCUUUCGAAUCUGUUUUGGUCUCGCUAUAUCAAAGAGAAAGAGUCUGGUCAUGGAUACCGCGAGCUUAUUCCUCUCCUUAAACAUUCUACUCAGCUACUUUCAGGCUGCUCGCGCUCCCAGCGUGACACGGCAUUUGCAGCUCUCAAGUUCGAGAGAAUGGCUCAUCUGUACGUUGAUGGAAGUAUGUACACUGAUUCUGAGAAGAUGUUCCGACAAUCGAUUGAGGAGUACAUCCUCUCCGGAGCUUUGGAGGAAAUUGCUAAGAGCAGCGGAGGACAUGAUCCAACUUCGCUAAGCCAGGAUCCCAAAAGCCCCGGUUUCAUGCUGGGGCGUGUACUCUCUGCACUUUUGAAAAUGAAGCUGCGUAGAAAGGGAUCUCAAUCAUCUGCUGUGUACGAUGACACCGAUCUGGUGUUCGAGCAGCGGGCUGUUCUUCUGGAGUGGCAGAUGAGCUUGCUUGUUGACAUGCACAACCAUUCACCAAACGAAGAAGAAUAUCGCUCAAUCCUUAGUCCACUCGUCUCCUCCCUCCUCAACCUAUACCCCCUCAAACUCUAUCCUAUCCGCCAUUCCCGUGUUAUUCUCUCUUCUUUGCGUCUUUUACUUGAGAAUCCUACUUCCUUGGAUCCAACUUUGAUUGAAACCCUGUUAGAGGCAGGGGCAGAGGUCCUGGGCCGUGGUUUACAAGUUGGGGAGGACGUUGACAUCGCCCCGUUUGCGAUCCAUAUCAGGAACUCACUGCGCGUUAUUACCGGUUUCCACCAAGGCAAGAUUGACACAAGUGUGCUUGAUGACACGCUUGCGUCUUGGACAUCAUUAGCUCGCAAGUGUCCGGAUGGAAAAACCCUGCUGCUUUGUAUCAGUGACACGGAGUAUUGGGUCCUGCAGCUGAAGGCUUUGGUCGACUACACGGAGAUCCAUGGUCUCUGGAAAGCUCAACUCUGCACUCUUGAGCUGAUAUUGCGCGCCGCAGAGCUCCAACAAGCAGGAGACCUCUCAGAUGCCAUCGUCAUUCUCUCCCGAUUGAUAUUGCAAAAUUGCCGUCUUGGAUAUUGCCAGAAGGCAGGGGAGCUUCUAUCACGUGGCGAGCAGUAUCUUGCGCAAACUAAGGUGUCCUCUAUUGCUACCAUUUCCUACAAGGUUGCACAGGCAGAAUACCUUUUGGAAACCGGGGAACCCGACAAAGCCGCCACUGUUCUUUCUGCAGCACGAUCCUUGUACGAAAAAAGUCACAAAGCGGAACUCACCAACUUGUCUGUUCUGGCUAAGAUUUCAUGGGAAAGACUGGUAGCAGACGCCGCCUUCGUCCAGUCCAGGCUGUUCUCCGCCCAAGGCUCCGCGACUCAGGCUCUCUACUUCGCAAAGUUGUCCGUGCGGCUGAACUGUCGUAUCUGGGCCAAGAUUGAGAGGCUCGCCCAAAGAAAGCAAGACAAGUCCCUAGCCGCGGCCGCAAGCUCUGACGUCGAAGCUGUUGCUGAUGGAAUGGCGAAGCUUGACCUUUCCCAAAAUGGAUCCUCGCCAGAUGUGUCAGCCAGCUAUAUCCAAGGAGCGCCGUUCUGGCCGCAUCUCGGCUCUCAUCAUACCUGCCUGCUGAACCUUGCGACCUUGUCCGCCCACCAUGGCUUGUUCCAAGAUGCAAUUUACUACGGCGAACAAGCUCUGAAGAUUGACAAGACUCUCGAUGCAAAUGCACGGCUACUUGCGGCGCAGACCCAACUUGGAUGCCAUUGGAUUCUGAGCGGCCACCUAGACGAAGGUCAAGAUCAACUUUCUGCUGCUGCUGAGUCGUCAAAGCAGACACAGAGAAGCAUUGAGACCGUGUCUUUCCAAAUGGCGCUUGCGUCUUUGUGCAAGGCGCAAGGCGCACAUGACAAGGCACUUCGCGUUCUUCUUGAAGCAGACAAGAUUAUCACGGCUGUUACCUCCGCAGAUACGCCGGCCAAUUCGGAGGCAUCGGGUAUCUCUGAGCUUGAAGACAAGAUGGACAAGUUGCGGGUCAGAUCUAGCAGCCGACGGACGCCAACCCCUACCACGACUACAACCCGACGUACCCGUGCAACUAGUUCCGCAGCGCCCAAAUUAGCAAGGAAAGCCCCAGCGCCGAAGCCAGCUCUCCCGCAAGUCCAAUCCAAAUCCAUAUUGCAACUCAAAGGCAGCAUCCUCAGACAACAAGCCGACUGCCUUCGGGAGUUACGCGACUUCGAGCGAUCGGCACAGACCCUUGCUGAAGCGAGACAGUUUGCUGUGGCCCGGGAAAGCAAGAUUGCUUUGGAGAUAGGCGAGAGUGAGCAUCUACUCGCCGAUGCAAUCCGCCGUUUUGCCAGUCAUGCUGUAUACUGUGUCCUUCCCGAAUCUACAAUCUCGCUACCAUCACUCAAGUCGCCGAGUAAGGCGGAUGAGUCCAGUGUGCCGGUAACGAAAGCUUCGACGAGGAAGACCAGGGCGCCAGCCAGGGCUCCUCGCACCAAGGCCCAAAAGGCUAGCGACGACUUCUCGGUCAUGCUGUCAAAGGCGAGCGAUUGUCUUGUCAGUGUUUUCUCCGAUGCCACAAUCCUCGGUUCAACGCUCGAUAGCCACGCGGCAUCUCGCUUGAUGAGCAGGAUAUCUAUGUUGUCGCAUGCGACUUCUUCUGGAAUUCCCGCCAACCUGGCUCAGUCGCCUGCGAACAUGAAUGAAAUUGGACGUGUUGGUGCCUUUGCUCGCGAAAGCAUGGCCAUUGAUAUUGAUCGCCAGUUGGCCGAUCAUGCUGACCCUCUUCUCUGGCCAACUUCCUUCCCUUCGGCCGUCGAGUUGGAUGGUGAUCUUUGCUCCAACUUUACACAAGACUAUGUAGAUAUUUUGCCCGAAUCUUGGAAUGUUCUCUCUCUGUCACUAAGUGCAGAUCAGACUGAGUUUGUGGUCUCGCGGCUGCAGAAAGACCGUUCUCCUUUCCUUCUUCGACUUCCUCUCCAUCGAGGAAACUCAGAAGAUGACGAGGAAGAGCAGUUUACUUUCGAGGAUGGCAAACAAGAAAUGCAAGAACUUAUCAAGUUGGCCAACGAGAGUGCACAUGCAGCCAAGGCUCAAACCGACAAGGUCUCAAAGAAGGAAUGGUGGAAGACCCGUGAAGCGCUGGAUCGUCGAAUGGAAAGUGUCCUCCAGAACAUUGAGAACAUUUGGUUUGGUGGCUUCCGGGGUGUAUUCUCGCCGCUCUCGCAGGAAACCACUGCCUUGGUCCGCUUUGCCAGUACUUUCCAGGGACUUCUCGACAAGCAUCUUCCUUCUCGGCAAAAGGGCGGCAAAGCCGCUGGGCCUCGACUCACACUGCACCAGAACGUUGUGGACUUGUUCAUUGGGCUUCGCGAUCUCGAGGAGGAGGAAGAGCCUGAAGACACUCUCAUGGAUCUUCUCUACUUCGUUGUCGACAUACUGCAAUUCCAGGGCGAGCGCAACGCCUAUGAUGAGAUCGACUUUGACAUGAUGGUCGUGGAUACCUUAGAUGCACUGCGAAGUUAUCACGAAGCUGCACGCGAAGAACUCGCAACACGGCCACCCAAGCACACAAUUCUUGUACUCGACAAAGCCCUCCAUCUGUUCCCGUGGGAGUCGCUUCCCUGCCUCCAAGGAUAUCCCGUCUGCCGCGUCCCAUCUCUUGAAUGCCUGCGAGACCGAGUUCUCCAAUUCCGCAAGUCCUCCUCCGGAGCCGUUAUAGACCGCACCUCUGGCGCGUUUGUCCUCAAUCCCACUGGUGACCUACGCACAACCCAAACGACCUUCGAACAGGACCUCGCAAGAUUCAAGUCCUGGAACGCUAUCGUGCAGCGCGAACCUUCCGAAGAUGAAUUCCGCGACUCGCUAGAGAAGAAGGCUCUGUUCCUUUACUUUGGCCACGGAAGCGGAGCACAAUACAUCCGCGGACGCACGGUCAAGCGGCUGACGCAGUGCGCCGUUGCGUUCCUUAUGGGAUGUAGCAGUGGCCACUUGACCGAAGCCGGCGAGUAUGAGCCUUAUGGUACGCCGAUGAAUUAUCUGCAUGCUGGCAGCCCGGCACUUGUGGCCACGCUGUGGGAUGUCACAGAUCGUGACAUUGAUCGGUUUACCACGACUACCUUUGAUGCUUGGGGGUUGAUAGAGAAGAAGGAGAAUAGAGAGAAAAAGAAGAAGCGUGAUGAGGGGGAUGUUGGCCUUGAUACGGCUAUAGCUCGCUCGAGGAGCGCUUGUGUGUUGAAAUACCUUAAUGGUGCGGCGCCGGUUGUCUACGGUGUUCCGGUGUUUUUGGAGUGA